AUGUAUUGGACGAUAACGAUUGAUGGUGGUCCAAAACGUGUAAAUCAUGCAGCUGUAGCAUUAAAUGAUCGAAUUUAUUCAUUUGGAGGUUAUUGUUCUGGUGAACUAUAUGAUGGUAAUCAACCAGUUGAUGUACAUGUUUUAGAUACCAAAAAUUACCGCUGGCAUAAACUAUUGGUACCAACGGAUAACGAAGGUGCUUAUCCGUCUAUAUCACAAAAUAGUUGGCCAUAUCAACGAUAUGGACAUACGGUUGUUGAAUAUGAGGGUAAGGCAUAUUUAUGGGGUGGACGUAAUGACGAAUUUGGUGCAUGUUCGAAAAUGUAUUGCUUUGAUCCAGAAGCGAUGGUUUGGUCAGUUAUUCCGUAUGACGGGGAAGCACCACCAGCGCGUGAUGGACAUAGUGCUGUGGUCGUUGGUGAUCUGAUGUUCAUGUUUGGUGGUUUUGAAGAAGAAUCACAGAGGUUUAGUCAAGAAACCUUUGCUUAUAAUUUUAAGCAGAGAAAGUGGUAUGAAGUGAAAACAACGGGUGAAUUGCCGCAGUGGCGGGAUUUUCACACAGCUUGUGUCAUUGACAAGAAAAUGUACAUAUUUGGUGGACGUAGUGAUUUGCGUGGUGCAUUUCAUAGCUCUCGAGAUUAUUAUUCUGACGUGCUUAAAGUACUGAAUUUGAAGACAGGUCGUUGGGAAGAUCCGAAAGUGACUGGUGAUUGUCCAUGUGGUCGAAGAAGUCAUAGUGCCUGGGUUCACAAUAAUAAAAUGUAUAUAUUUGGUGGAUAUUUGGGCACUGAAAAUCGACACUUAAACGAAUUGCAUGAAUUUGAUCCUGUAACAUCAUGCUGGCGCCGUUUGAAGCCAUUCGGCGUAGGGCCUUCACCGAGACGACGACAGUGUGUGGUUGUUGUUGGUGAACGCGUUUUCUUAUUUGGUGGUACGAUGCCUUCUAAUUCAAAGAAAAUGCAUCCUGCACCUAGCGGUCUUUGCGAUCUCUCCGAUCUUCAUGUACUUGAUUAUGCGCCAACUUUGAAAGACCUUGCUGCCAAUGCUGUUACACGAAAUGGAUUGGACGAAAAAUUUGCUGAUCUAAUUCCAAUUGAUUUGAAACACGAUCUUCGAAUGAUGACACAGCCAAACAAAAUAACUCUUGCUCGCUAUGAUGGUUGA